AUGACCUCGAACGCUUACGACACCAAGCCUCCCCUCGAACGCGGCGUCCGUGACCUGUUCAAACCCCCGCUCGAACGCGAGUAUCGUGACCUCAUCUCCUCAGACAACAUGACGCGGACCCUCAACUCUUCCCCUCCAGCUCCCCACGCGGCGUAUGGCACCUCGUCGCCUCCAGCCCCCCACGCCCCGCAUGCACCGUACGGCACCGGCGCAUCCCUUCCUUCUCACUCCUCGCACGGCAGCGGUUCGUCCGAAGUCGAGUCGCUCGGCUCUGCACCCCCACCCUAUCGCGACGACGGCAGCCUCGCCUUCCCCGAAAAGUCGUCCUUGGCUUCUCCAGCGGAACAAGAGGAGGAGCACGAGGGCGAAGUGAUGCGGACGGAGAAUCCCUGCGCCGCCAUCGGGCACGACCUCUCCGUGAGCAAGUGCCAGCGCCGCGCGCGGGUUGCGACCUUCAUCAUGUGUCCUGAAGUUGCGGCUUGGCUCAUGCUGAAGAAACGACCGUGCAAGCGCUGUGGGGAGAAGGUCAGGCCCAAGGAUACAAUCUUCCAUCAGUAG